CAACGGGCCCAUUAAAACCCUUCACUUCGGCCGCCUCCCCCUCGUCCCUCCUCUUCUGUCCCCUCCCACGAAAACCUCGCCGCCGCAGCCGCCGCCGCAGCCAGCCAGCCACCGAACUCGAAGCUGCAGCCAUGGUGCUCGCGCGCAAGAAGCUGAAGCAGAAGCUGCACACGCUUCUCCCGGCCGGUGAAGCCGAGGUGGAGGCUCAUGGCGAGGAGGCGCAGGCCGUGAAGGAGCGGCUUGCCUCCUCCAAGCGGCCGCGCCCCAAGAGGCCGCCCAGGAAGAAAUCGCUCCCCGAAGUGGUGUGUCAGACGGAGGAGGAGGGGAAGGAGGAAGUGGAGAGGAGGAGGGAGGAGAGGAGGAAGGAGAAGAAGGAGAAAAGGAGGAUCAGGAGGUUGAUGGAGGCUGAGGCCGCGGCGUCCGCGGCGGAGACGCAGCAGGUGGGAGGGGAGACGGGGGCGGAAGCGGAGGGGGAGGAAGAGACUUCGGAAGAGGCCGAUCCUGCUGUCGGGUCUCACCAGCCAGUCGUGGCAGAGGAUAGUAGUGAGCAAAAUAUGAACAAGAUGGAAGUGACCAAACUUGGAGUUGGGUCCAACAGUCCUGUUGUUGCAGAGAACAGGCAGCAAGAUCACAAAGUGGAAUUGGCUGAAACUGGUGUUGGGUCCAACAAUCCUGUCGUCGCAGAGCAUAGGGAGCAAAGUAUAAAGAAGGUGUAUGUUGGUGGCAUCCCAUAUUAUUCAUCAGAGGAUGACAUAAGAAGUUUCUUUGAAGGAUGUGGCAGUAUCACUGCAAUUGACUGCAUGACCUUUCCUGAGAGCGGAAAAUUCAGGGGUAUUGCAAUUCUCACAUUUAAGACUGAUGCUGCUGCACAGAGGGCAUUAGCUAUGGAUGGUGCAGAUAUGGGAGGAUUUUAUCUGAAAAUCCAGCCUUACAAACAUAACCAUGAGAAGGAAGAUUUUGCACCAAAGUUGAUAGAGGGAUAUAAUAGGACAUAUGUUGGGAACCUACCAUGGGAUAUAACAGAAGAUGAUCUAAAGAAGUUCUUUUCAGACUGCAAAAUCUCGUCCAUCCGAUUCGGAACAGACAAGGAGACGGGUGAUUUCAAAGGCUAUGCACACAUUGACUUUGCUGAUGGUACCUCUCUUGCUGUUGCAUUGAAGCUUGACCAGAAGGUGAUUAAGGGACGGCCAGUCAGAAUCAGAUGCGCAGUUCCCAAAAAGGAGAACCAAAAAAUCAGUGAUAAUGGGAACUCAGAUCCUUCAAAGAGUAAGAUUCGGACAUGCUAUCAAUGUGGCACCCCUGGGCACCUCUCUUCUGCUUGCCCAAAUAAGAAGGAUUCUGAUGUAAGGAAAUGCUAUGAAUGUGGCACCCCUGGGCACCUCUCUUCUGCUUGCCCAAAUAAGAAGAACUCUGAAGUAAUUUCUGGUGAAAACAAGGGUACAGUUGACUCAGCUAUGGCAUCGUCAAACAAGAGGCGAACAUGUUAUGAAUGUGGCAUCCCAGGACACCUCUCUUCUUCUUGCCCAAAUAAGAAGGGUGUCGAAUUUAUUUCUGAUGAAAAGAAUGCUAAUGUUGACUCAGCCACGGCGUCAUCAAAGAAGAGACGAACAUGCUAUGAAUGUGGGACUCCUGGCCAUCUCUCAUCAGCUUGCCCAAACAGAAGGACUGAAGACUCUGUUCAGAAUAACAGGGAGCCUGUUGAUGAUGCAAAGUCUGCACCUACCAUCGUGCCUGAGGAAAUGAAACCAGGUGAUGAAUCAAAUUCAGUACCUUCGAAGAAGAGGCGGAAGUGCUAUGAGUGUGGAAUUUCUGGCCAUCUCUCAUCAGCUUGCCCCAACAAAAAGGUCGCUGAGGUUGUUGAUAAUGCAGUGGAACGUGAUACUGGCUCAACCAUUGCCGAGGAGAAAGCCAAUGGUGACACAAAAUCUGCACCUGCAAAGAAAAAGAAAAGGCGGACAUGUUAUGAGUGCGGCAUCGCUGGCCAUCUCUCAUCAGAGUGCCCGAACAAGGCAGCUGCAUAAGUCAAGUGAUUGUUGGCAUCAUCGGCAAUCUCUCCUCAGAGUGCCUUGAACAACUGAACAAGGCAGCUGCUGGUGUCCAAUGAUUGUAGCAUUGUUUUUUUAUUCUUCAGGAUUUAGUCACUGUACUGUAUGUUCUGUUCCUUGUUUUAAGCGGCAAAGUUAUCUCUGAGGGAGAAUGAAGUUUUGUAGCAGGUAGGCGGCACAAUAGACAAGUGAUAUUAUUUUUCCAUAUCAAAUUUUUAUUGCAUGAUGAGAAAGUAUGCAUGGGAUUAUCUCUCAA